UUAAAAUUAGGCAUUGAUUGUUGGUUAUGUUAUUGUACACGUUUGAAGAUAUUCAUUACAAUGUCAAAUGUCCCACUUAACCAAUACUCACUCUGCCUGUAUUGGUUGUCAAUACAUUAGCAAAAAUGUAUAAAAACAUAUUUUCACUUUGUAGUUAUGGGAUAUUGUGUAUAGAUUGGUGAGAGGAAAACAAUAUUUAAUCAAUUUCUAAUUCGGUCUGUAACACAGCAUGUGGAAUAAGUCAAGGGGUAUGAAUACUUUCUGAAGGCGCUGAUGCCGCAGCCGGGGAGUACUGUAUCUUUAACAAGAUGGAGCACUUCGUUGCAAAGCAGAGGCUCUACUGGCGGUGUUGUUCUUCGAUUAUCGCUGCCCAGUCUUCAGUGCUCUCACACAGAACAUUUUAUCUGCAUUCUCCCACUCUGGCCAGGAGAAAAGGAUGCGAGAAUGCAGAAGUGAUAGACGCCGCAGAAGUUUCUCCACUGAAGAGGACAAAGCCACAUGUAGUGGCAGAGAAAGUGAUAUCGGUGCUGAAGUUUUCCAAGUUGUCUGAACAUGCCACUGCUCCUACCCGGGGCUCUGCUAAAGCUGCUGGCUACGACCUGUUCAGUGCCUAUGACUACAGUAUUGGUCCUAUGGACAAGGCUAUCGUGAAGACUGACAUCCAGAUAGCAGUUCCUUCAGGCUGCUAUGGCAGAGUGGCACCACGGUCUGGCCUGGCUGCAAAACACUUCAUCGAUGUUGGGGCUGGAGUAGUGGAUGAGGACUAUAGAGGUAAUGUGGGGGUGGUGCUGUUCAACUUCAGCAAGGAAACCUUUGAAGUGAAAAAAGGGGACCGUGUGGCUCAGCUGGUGUGCGAGAGGAUCUGCUACCCAGACCUACAGGAGCUAAAGACUCUGGAUGAGACUGAGCGUGGGGCUGGUGGAUUUGGCUCCACAGGCAGCAACUGAUACAUCAAAGUUGUAAAUAAACCUGCUUAUUAGUUUUGUUAUGUUCCAUGUUAUGUCGUUGUACAAUAAUUACAUUGUUUAAUAAAGAUUGUUGUUAUCCCUUUG